GUAAACAGACCGGCAGACAAACGUUGAGUGUAGGAUGGAAGAGGCAACAGAGGACAGAGACAAGAUGACCAGCCAGCAGGCUCUGUGUGACCCUGACCAGAAUACCAGAAAACGCCCUGGCAUCUCCACUCUCAAAUUGUUUAUUGUGGCGCUGUCCUUCGCCUGUUUCUCCAAGGCUCUGAUAGGAACCUACAUGAAGAGCUCAAUCACUCAGAUUGAGAGACGUUUUGACCUCUCCAGCACACAUAUUGGACUCAUAGAUGGCAGUUUUGAGAUGGGCAACUUGUUGUUUCUUGCUGUGGUCAGCCAUUUUGGGGCCAAGCUGCAUCGGCCCAGACUCAUUGCUGUGGGUUGUUUUCUCAUGGCUGUAGGGGCCUUUCUCACCGGCCUGACGCACUUUUUCAUGGGACGCUACAAGUACGACACAAUCAUUCAGGUUUUCCAGAAUGACAGUGUGCACAUCACCGCCUGUGCGGAUCCUCUGAAAACAGAGGAUGUACCUGAAAUUCAGAUAGAGCCUUCUGUUGAAGACAACGCAGCCUGUGUAAGGGAGUCUGGUUCCAACAUGUGGAUCUAUGUGUUCCUUGGGAACGCUCUGCGAGGGAUUGGAGAAACCCCGGUCACACCUUUGGGAAUCUCCUACGUCGACGACUUUGCUAAAGCAGAAAACUCACCGUUUUAUAUAGCUUGUCUCCAGACCAUUACUCUGCUGGGCCCCAUGUUUGGUUUCCUCCUAGGCUCCUAUUGUGCCAAACUGUAUGUCGACAUUGGAUAUGUUGACAUGGAAAGUGUGACCAUCACUCCUAAAGAUGCCCGCUGGGUGGGAGCCUGGUGGAUGGGCUUCAUUGUGUCAUCUGCCCUCCUGCUCAUCUCCAGCAUUCCCUUCUGGUUCCUGCCCCGCUCACUGCCAAAGCAGGAGGGAGACAAGGACAGGCGCGAGAACCUCGAUGGGACAGAGGAUGCCCUCAACAACAAUCACAACCUCAAGCUGACUGACAUCGCUAAAGGUUUUCUUCCCUCACUGAAGCGUCUGUUGGGAACUCCUGCCUAUUUCCUGCUGCUCUGUGGGAGCAUCCUGAAGUUCAACUCUUUCAUCGGUCUGUUUACCUUCAAAGCCAAAUACAUGGAACAACAGUUUGGACAGUCCGCAUCCAGAGCCAACUUCCUCAUAGGUGUGUUGAACCUGCCAGCGGUGGCAGUGGGGAUCUUCCUGGGAGGGCUGCUGAUGAAGAGGUAUAAACUGAGUUUGGUGUCAGGAGCUCAGCUCUCCUUUGCCACAUCCUUUAUGGCAUACCUCCUCCUGCUGCUGCAGUUUGGCACCAAGUGUGAUAACAUUCCCGUGGCUGGGCUCACCAUCUCAUACAAUGGGACGCAGAGUGUGUCAAGCAACAGAGAAAUGCUCUUCUCAGAGUGUAACAGGGACUGCUCCUGUUCAGCAGAGGAGUGGGACCCUGUGUGCUCAGACAGUGGCAUCACCUACAUAUCUCCAUGUAUGGCCGGCUGCAUCAGCUCUAGUGGAUAUGGCAAGAACACAGUCUUUCACAACUGCAGCUGUGUGUCCGCCUCCUACCCAGCAGGCAGCAGUACGUCCGUGAGGCUGGGCCAGUGUCCCCAUGCCAAGGACUGCAGCCGAAGUUUCACCUCUUACAUGGCUGUAUCUGUCCUCAGCUCCUUUAUCAACUCUCUGGGAGCCACACCUGGCUACAUGGUCAUCAUACGAUGCAUCUCACCAGAGCUCAAAUCCCUUGCGUUGGGUAUCCAGACCUUGGUAACUCGGACUCUUGGUGGAAUCCCUGCACCGGUGUAUUUCGGAGCCUUGAUUGAUUCAACUUGCCUGAAGUGGUCGAUCAAGAAGUGUGGGGGCAGGGGGGCAUGCCGCAUUUAUGACUCUGCUAUGUACAGGAUCAUCUUCCUAGGUCUGAUCACUUGUCUCAGUGGUUCCUCAUAUUUCUUCAUCAUUGCCGUCAUCAUCCUCCUCAGACGACAGUUUCGGAAACCAGAGCGAGAAGCAGAGAAGCAGCAUACAAAAGCUUCCAAGGAAAUUGAACUUCAGGCCCCAUCAAAUUCCAUUGAGGACCAGCCAGGUUCUCUUAAAACUCCCAAACUGCCUUAUGCUCCCAAUGUUUGUGGAAGGAUCACAACAGAUCUGGAGGAGGGAGGGGAGGUUCAUGGAAAAGAGCAGCUCCUCCAAGAUGGCAGACUCAUCUCUACAAAUAACACCCAAGAGAGGCAACAGCUCCAAUCCCUGACAGAGACCACUGUUGAGUUGACUCCUCUUCCAAAUGAGGAAGCAAAGAGAGAGUCUGAGGGGCAGAGGUCAGAGGAGGAGGUGAAAGAGGGAAAAGAGUUUUGCAAGGAGACGACUGCACAGGUGGAAAAAGAGAAGCCGAACCAUCACGUGGAUGACAAAAACAAGUUAGAGAACGAAACGGCACACAGCAAAGAAACUGACAGCCCAUAAAACUAGGGUGUUCACCGAUGUGUCCUCAAUCACAAGAUCAAACAAGGCCAAGUGGAACCAUUGUAGAAAUGUUACAAAGUUUGGCCAAAAGUCACAUUUAUUUGGAAUAUCAAGAGGAAUUCCAUUUUCUUCUAAGCUACAGCACGCUCUGUGCUAACAGUAUUUCUUCCCUCUUGUAUUGUAUUACAGGAGUUGUUAAAUUACAAUUAGUCCUGAAGAGGAAAUGGGCUAUCAGUGGUGUGAUUUCCACAGCUAUAGAAACAUACUACAGUACUUUGUAUAAAUAUGGAAUAGCACUGGAUGUGCACAUUGACCAACAACUCAAACAAGUCAAAUAUUGACUCCUAACAAGGCCCUGAUUGAAAAACAUUAGAGAUUUUUGCUUUUUAUGUUAAUAAAUGAACUAUUAAAUGUGUGAUAUUAUAUUCACAUUAAAUUUUGCACUCUCGAAAACAAAUGAAAGCAAAGUUAACACAAUAUCAUGCUGUGGACAAAUAAUGAAAAUGAUCUUCCUGUUAGGUUUCUUCCUCAUGAGUGGUGUGCUAAAAGUACAAAUUGACAGCACAGUUUUUAAAUGUAUGUCAUUGUUUAUUUUUUGGCCACUUGGGGGCAGCACAACAAACUGUAAAUACAAUACUGACUCAU